GUAAAAAUAAAAAAAAGAAAAGAAAGCCAGUUGGAAGACGUAAAUAGGUAUAAAAAAAAAAACGAUUUCCCUUAAACUAUCAAGAUACGAAGUUUCCAGAUUACUAUUAGUGGGAAAUGGCAGCAAAUAAGAUUGAAAAAGCGUCUUCUACCCGUAGAAGACAUACUAACUCCAAAUUGGGAUGCACCAACUGUAAAAGGAAGAAGAUUAGAUGUGAUGAAAACUUACCCAACUGUGAAAACUGUUCUAGAGGGAAGAAAGAAGUGUGCUCGUACUUGAGUUUAUCAAGCAGUGAGAUUAAUAGAAUCAAGAUUACCCAUUCGUUGAGAAACAGCCAGAAUAAGUUGUUGAAUUUAAAUUAUCGCUUACCAACAUCAUCAAAUGAAAAAUUAGAUUAUGCUGACGAAAAAUCAAGUAGUGUCUUGGAAUUCAAAUUUGAAUUAACCAAAUUGCCUUUGAAGAUUCCUUCGAUCCCAUAUCCACCGGUCCAGUUCAAUAACUUAACCAUUAACGAUUUUGAUGCUGACUUUAAAGUAAUUAGUUCGACUCCGGAACCGAAAACAAAUUUGCCAAAUUCAACUAAAGGAGGCAGUUUCUCCAGGCUUGAUUACCAGAGAAUGAAUAAGAAACGAGUGAUGGACUUGCCCAACGUUAAGGUGCCACCCGAAUUGAACUACCAUGUUGUUCAAGCAAAAUAUAAUUUGGUGGAUUAUUUGAUUGAUUUCAUUAAUCAAUUGCCUAAUUGGGCAAGAACAAACGAUUAUGAUUUAAUAUGGGAAUCGCUCAAUACAUUAUCUAGGGUUAUCAUCUUGAACCAAUUCAAAAUGAAAACCCAGUACCAGCCGGAUCAAAUACUUAAUUUGAAUGAGUUUGAAAAAACUUGUUUUGAGAAACACGCAGCAGCCAUACUAAAAUUAACUAAUGAAUCAAAUAAUUUCACCAGCGAUAUAAACUAUAAUCAUGAAAAAACCCAUUUGAAUAGUUACUCGUGUUGCUUUAUCAACUUCACCAGUAUCUUGUUAAAUUUUUCAAUCGAUACUUAUUAUCAAACAUCUAAGAAACUAUACGAAAUUUUUAAUAAUUACUCAAAUUACUUACAAGUGAAUAAUUUGAAACCACUGAAAAUUUUCCAAUUCAUGGUUAAUAAUCUACAAUAUAAUAUGAUGAGUAUAAACAUCCCUUCGUAUUACCCUCAAUUCUUAAUUGAAUUAUCUUCAAAUUUAGAAAACUUAUCAAUCAUUUAUAAAAAACAAUCAACCGACCAAAAAUUCUUCAAUAAUGAUUCAUUAAACAAAUAUUAUUUCAAAUUAAACUUGCAAUACAAUAAUUUAUCAAAUUUCAUUAAAUUUGAUAUAAUCCCAAUCAUUUUCGAUAAAAGAAACGAAUCAAAUAUAUCAAUUUAUUCUCCUAGUAUCAUUUAUUCUAUUUUGAAAAAAUGGUUAAGUAUCUUCCCCUCAGAAGCAAUGAACUUUAAUGAAAAAUUAGUCCCCAUGAAUCAAUCAAUAGAUGGUCAAUUUUUAUCCGAUUUAUCAAUAACCUUAUACAAUUAUUAUCACAAUAUCUCGAUCAUCCUCGAUACAAUUUUCCCAUCUUGUAAAUACUUAUUUUCAGUUAGCUGCAUGACUCCAUUCACUAAAUUACCCCCAAAUAUCCAUUAUAAGAAUUCAAAUCAUGAAAAUUGGUUCGUUCCAAAUUCAACUACCGGCUACAUGAAAUGUAACGAUUACUUAAUUAAACAUAAUUAUUAUAUUAUUAGAAUCGGGACUUUUUUCCAAAACCGUUACAAGUUCUACCAAAAUCAUGUCAUUUGGAAAAACCCUUAUAAUAAAGAUUUAUCCUCAAUAAGAUCAAAACCAAGGUACAUGAAAAACGUCUUGGAGAUCCCAAUUCGUUUAUUCAAUCAAACCAUUAUCAGACCAGAACACUAUCCAAUUAGAAUCCACUCGCAUUACGAUAUCUUAUUAAGAGAUCCAAAAGUUAACUCGAUCUUCACCAGAGUUGACGAAAAUAUGGAUCAAAACCUAUACACCUCCAAUUUAGAAACAAUUGACUUCUUCAAUAAAAACUCCUCGACUGACUUUGACUAUAACAACAACUUAUUGGUAAAAGAUUACAAACCAAUGGAAACAAUCCAAGUCCCAAGUGAAGUCGAUUUGCAUUUCAAAGAUUUGAAAAGUUAUUACGAAGAUAGAACCUUGAUCAUAAAAGAAUCUCUCUAACCUCCAUCAUCUACCUCUACAGCUACCCUAACCUCCAUCAUCUACCUCUACAGCUACCCUAACCUCCGUCAAUCGAUGUUAAUCGAUCAUUCUAAUCAAGUAUAUAAUGAUAAAUGAAUAAUGAAACAAAACACCAGUACACCACGGUAAUGACAUCAUAAACAAAUGGAAAAAAAUAC